AUGAUUGCACUAUUAUUAUUACAAAUAAUAUUCUUUGUAGGGUAUUAUGUUAUGAGUAUUACAUUUGGACUUUUUAAAAUAUUCUUAACAUUAUUGAAAUUUAAAAAUUUAGCAAUUUCAACAUUAUGUAAUAGAAUACCAAUUGAAGAUAGAAAAAAAGUUGUAAUUGUUGGAGGUGGAUUUUCAGGUAGUAUUGUAGCACAAAAAUUAGAGAAUGAUUAUCAAGUUACAUUAAUUGAUACAAAGGAUUUCUUUGAAUUUACACCAAGUAUACUUAGAACCAUUGUUGAACCACAACAUGUUAAAAAGAUUCAAAUUUUACAUUCACAUUAUUUAAAGCAUACAAAUGUAAUUCAAAAGGAAGUAUUGGGUGUACAAUCUAGAGAGGUGAUUUUAGAUGAUAGGUCAGUUGAGUUUGACUAUUUAGUGAUAAACUCUGGCUCAAGUUAUAAUUCACCAUUUAAAGAAUCAAGUGUUGUCUCAUCAGCACGUGCAAAUACAUUACGUGAAAAUUAUUACCACAUUAGAAAGUUGAAGAGAAUUUUAAUCAUUGGUGGUGGUAUCGUUGGAGUGGAGUUGGCCGCAGAGAUAGUGGACCAUUUCAAAGGCAAGGAAGUGACAAUCGUGCAUUCACAAUCGAAAUUAAUGAACAGGUUCCCCAAGAAGACAAUACGUUACACUGAGGAAUUCUUACAAAAGCGUGGUGUUAAAUUGAUUUAUAAUGAACGUGUUGUGGCUCAUAGGGGUCAAACAUUCAUAACCGAUCAGGGUAGUGAGAUCAUUGCUGAGCAAGCGUUCCUUUGUACUGGUAUCGCACCAAAUUCAAAUUUCAUUAAAAACAGCUACCCCGAUGCCAUCUCUGAGAAUGGUUACAUCAAAGCUAACGACCAACUCCAGAUGGCCGGCACUACAUUCUAUCGUAAUAUCUUUGUGUCUGGUGACGUCUUACAUGUACGUGAAGAGAAGUUAGCCCAAACUGCUGAAUGCACAGCUUCAAUAGUGGUCAAUAAUAUCAAUGCAAUGGAAAGUCGUUGUGAACAUAAAAUGCAAUCUUAUAAACCUUUUGCAAAACCUGUUUUAAUAAGUCUUGGAAAAUAUUCUGCUAUCUUUGUUUAUAAAGAUUACUCAAUAACUGGUUUCUUACCAGCUUUAUUAAAACAAGCUGUUGAAUUUAAAACAAUGGUUAGAUAUUAA